CCCGACCCAACAAGACUUGAAAAUGAGUGGAAGAGGAAAAGGAGGAAAGGGACUCGGCAAAGGAGGCGCCAAACGUCACCGUAAAGUUCUCCGUGAUAACAUCCAGGGAAUCACCAAGCCCGCCAUCCGCCGUCUGGCUCGCCGCGGCGGAGUGAAGCGUAUCUCCGGUCUGAUCUACGAGGAGACCCGCGGGGUGCUGAAGGUCUUCCUGGAGAAUGUGAUCCGUGAUGCCGUCACCUACACCGAGCACGCCAAGAGGAAGACCGUGACCGCCAUGGAUGUGGUGUAUGCCCUCAAGAGGCAGGGCCGCACUCUGUACGCGAGUCUUGGCCUUCGCUCUGGCCUUUCCUCCGCCAUGGCAAGAACCAAGCAGACCGCCCGAAAGUCCACCGGAGGCAAAGCCCCCAGGAAGCAGCUGGCCACCAAGGCUGCUCGUAAGAGCGCCCCGGCCACCGGCGGAGUGAAGAAGCCUCACCGUUACAGGCCCGGUACCGUGGCUCUGAGAGAGAUCCGCCGCUACCAGAAAUCCACCGAGCUGCUGAUCCGCAAGCUGCCCUUCCAGCGCCUUGUGAGAGAAAUCGCUCAGGACUUCAAGACCGACCUGCGCUUCCAGAGCUCCGCUGUCAUGGCUCUGCAGGAGUCCAGCGAGGCUUACCUGGUCGGCCUGUUCGAGGACACCAACCUGUGCGCCAUCCACGCCAAGAGGGUCACCAUCAUGCCCAAAGACAUCCAGCUGGCCCGCCGCAUCCGCGGAGAGAGAGCUUCGACCCGAAAAGCCAGCCCAUUCAAACCCAAAGGCUCUUUUAAGAGCCACCUCACUCUUCACUGAAGUGCUCAUUCCUCUAUAUUUUGACAUUUGUUACCAACAAACACUGGCCAAGAUUAGAACCAUUAGUUUAGUAAUAACAAAGUUACAUGGUUGGGUAUAAUGACUCGUUCAGACAUUGGUUAGAUAGUCAUUCUAUGCACAAUUUUUCAUUUAGUAUGGGACUUGUUUCCUUUACAUCUCUAACACUUUGAAUCGUGUCCGUUAAUAUCCAGCAUUAAAUCAACUUAAUCUCAACAUAAUAAAAUGUGCAAUCAUAAACACU